CGUUUCCUGCUGCAACCUUCUCUUUUUCAGCUUUCUUCCACGUCCGAUCACUCCCGACCCUUUUUUCGAGCUUUGACCAAUCCGAGAACAUGAAGUACAUCAUCGGCAUCGGUGGAGUAACCGAUGGAGGGAAAACCACCCUCACCAACCGCCUGAUCAAGAACCUGCCCAACUGCUGCAUGGUCCAUCAGGAUGACUUCUUCAAGCCCCAAGAUCAGAGUGAAGUUGGUGAAGAUGGCUUUAAGCAGUUCGAUGUCAUCAAUGCUCUGGAUAUGGACGCCAUGAUGAGUACGAUCUUUGCGUGGCUGGAGAACCCGGUGAAGUUUGAGAAGUCUCAUGGCGUUAAUAACACCCUGAACACAGAGAUCGUCCUGAAGUCCGACCACAAGGAGGAGGAGGAGACUCACAUCCUCAUUGUGGAAGGCUUCCUGCUUUACACCUACAGGCCUUUGAUCGACGUGCUAAACCAGCGUUACUUUAUUUCCAUCCCAUAUAAAGAAUGCAAAAAGAGGAGGUGCUCUAGGAAGUAGACGGUGCCAGACCCCCCAGCCUGUUUGAUGGUCACGUCUGGACCAUAGACCUGCAACACAAGAACAUCUGCUCACUGAGAAAGAUUAUUGAGAGCAGCUUUUUGUGAUUUCUAUGCAGAACACUAUGAUGUUUGCUGAGCUGUGCACUAUUAAAUGACUUAAGAAUAUGGAUUAUUGCUGCUGUUUAUUAUUGUUCUCAGGUUUACUAUUAAAUGUAUAGAGUGCUGCUAAUUGUAUUUUAAAAUUUACAUUACUACACAGAACAUUUAAGAUUAUUUUACCAAAGAUCAAGGGUACAGAUUGUUGUUGUUCACUGUGUAUUGGGUAGUACUCAUUUUGAUUUAGACUGAUUAGCAUACAGAACCCUAUGUUGUUUCUGGUUUAUAGAUAGAUAG